AUGGUGGAAGUAUCGCUUACCGUGGGUAAACUCGACGCCUCGUUGGCGUUGUUGCUCACCAAGGAUCACCAUCUCAUCGAGUUCCCCACCAUCCUUUUACCCAACGGGGUGAAGGCGGGGCUGAUCGUCAAGAUCAAGUGUGACCAGGACUUGGCGACGGAGACCGAAGAACACAAGCAGUUCCUCGACCUCCAGGACGAGAUUCUCGACACUUUCGGCACCGCGCUUCCUCAGCCGCCCGUUCUCAGAGUCAAGAACGUCACCCAGACCCUCAUCGUCUUGGAAUGGGACCCGCUCGACUUGGGUACCGCCACGUUGAAAAACUUGAUUCUCUUCAAGGACGGCAAGAAAUUAGGGGCGAUUCCUCAGCCGUUGACCAACAAGACCACUAAGCUUUCUGGUCUUCAGUUUGAUAAGGAGUUCACUUUCCAGUUACGCCUCGAUACCACCGCCGGCACCUACACUUCCGACGUCAUCACCGUUCAUACCCACAAGAUGACUGAUCUCAGUGGUAUCACCGUGUGCCUCGGCGACUUUGCUGCUAACGAGCCGUUCACCCGCGAAGACAUCGUCGCUACUCUUUCCAACAUGGGUGCCCACCCCCCUCAAGAUCUGAUUAAGGUUGACACCACUCAUUACAUCUGUACGCGAGAGAACAAGGAAAACGAGGAGUACAUCAAGGCUCAGGAAAUGAACAUCCCCAUUGUUCGUCCGGAAUGGCUCAAGGCCUGUGAACGUGAACGUCGUAUCGUUGGUGUGAGGCAAUUCUACGUUAAUGACUGCUCCUUGCCGGAAAUCUUCUCCAAGAACUACUGGGGUGAGGACUCUGCCGCCGCUCGUCUGAAACCAGUGACUGAACCUUCCACAGUGCCCCUGAUUAACGUGGAGCUGCCGCUGCCAGCUGGUGUCCUGAAGGAGACCACCACCGAGCCCGAGCUGUCGGUACCGCCUGAACUGACUGGAGAAGAAACCCAAGAGGAACUGAAGACCGAUCUCAGUGAGAAACCCAAGAAGGAGCUCGAAGAAGAACUGGAAAAACCCGGUGAAGAAUCCACGGCUGAAGCCACGAAGGAAGCCAAGGAAGAACCUACGGAGGAACUUAAAGACGAACUUAAGGAGGAACCUAAGGAAGAACCUAAAGAAGAAGCCAAGGAAGAAGUGAAGGAGGACCUCAAGGAAGAAGUGAAGGUUGAGCCUGAAGUCACUAGUGAAGCUGAUAAACCACUUGAAUUGAGUGAAGAGCUGAAAGGCCUCAAAGAAGAGUUGAAAGAAGGCCUUGAAGAGGUCAAGGACACCAUAAAGGAAGAUCUCACUAAUCUCAAACAAGAAGUUGAGCAAACGUUCAAUGGCGAAAAGGCUUCUAAGGAUGAAUCAAAAAUUGAACCUGAGCUGACCACCGAAAAAUUGGAACAACCGGAAGCUGUACUGACAGCGCCUGAGGUUGAAUCAACUUUGGAAAACUCUGCUAGUGCUCCUAAAGACCUCACUGAGUCAACGGUCGUGAACGGUAACGAUGCCGCGGCUGUUCUGACCUCGCCUAAGCAAAAGCCUCUCCUUGAUAUUAUUGGCGACGCCCCUGCGGUGCCCUCGUCGCCUUCGCUCGUUGAUAUUGACUUAGCGUCGACGGUGUCGGUGCCUGAAGCUGACGCCGCUGUCACUGCUGAACUUGCUGCUGCUGAAAGUGUCCCUCCGCGGGUGGACCCUGUGCCUGCUGCCGAGGCCGAAACCGACGAGAGUGCCGGUGACAGUCCCGAAGCCGGAGACAUUGGUGCUGCUGACGAAAGUUCUGAUAUUGGAGCUACUGCCGCCACCCUGGGAGGGAAGAAGAAGAAGAACAAGAAGAAGGGGAAGAAGUAG